AUGUCGAAGCGAAAAUCGGCUGACACCUGGACCGACGAGGAAACAUACCUCGCCAUAAAUUUGAUAGACGUCUGUAAACGGGACGGGCUAGAUUAUGAGAGCACAGUUGUCACCAGGCUCUCGCAUCUAUCGAAGAGUGCGGUGACGAUGAAGAGAGUGCUCAGGAGACUGUAUGUCGUACUACGGAAGCCGAGGCCGGAAAUUCUCAACGCAGGUCCAGAUUGUAUAGAGGAAGAUCAGAGACGUGGCGAAUGGUUUAAAGGACUAAAUGCCUCCCGAAUUGAGCUGGACCUUGAUCAUCUGUCGGAAUAUCGCACGUCCGACACACGGAAGGACACCUCAAUGGAGACUGGGUACUCGGGACCUUCACUACGGUCACGCAAGCGACCUCUUGUCGAAUGCCAGUCGCGCCACACCAAGCCUAGACACGAAAAGAGCUCCACAAAACCUUGUGUCGCUACUAUGAGUCUCCAGCUUGACCGCAUACAAGACAUGUUCACAAACGUUGUUGUACCGAUGCAAGCAAAGACCGAAACCUCAGAUGCUACUAUAGCGGAGUUGAGAACACAACAGUCUACGAUGCAAGCAACAAUCAAAGCCUCAGAAGCUACUAUAGCGGAUCUGAGCACACAACAGUCUACGAUGCAAACGAAACUGGACGUACCGGCUCCUAACUGGCUUGCCAUCCGGACAAUGAUCCAGUCGAACCUCAAGCAGUAUGCAUCACCCGACGCGAGCUACGACGGCGGCAUCACGCAGACCAUGGAACGCGUGCUGGGAGAGUUCCAGGCCGGUCCUGUCAAGGGCAUGGUGGCGUGGGCGAAGCAUUACAUCGAACUCCAAAAGAAAUUGAACGAAGCGCUCGCCAGCAUGCGCAUAGUCCCUGGACGCGACUGUGCGCCGCACCAAUACCCAAAGGCCCCGCAAAUCAAGGUUUUGCGGGAUGAGUGGCUCCAUCUACGAGAGGGCAUCCAGGAAAUGGUCGGAUACGAGUCUGGCGCCCUGGCUCACGAGGACAGAGGGUACAUAAGUGCCAAAGUCGAAGAUCUCUUGGGCGGAUGCAAGUCCGAUGAGGAGCUGAAUCAUUGGAUCGAGGCGACGGCUAUCCGGGUCCAUCAACCAUGGAGUGCGCAGGUCGUGAUUGGCGCACUCACUUGUCAUUGGCUUUUCGCUGGCCCAGAGCCUAUGCUGACGGAAGCAUAUCGGGGGGUGCUGCUCUCAUACUACAAGAGCGUCGCAUUGAUAGAUGGUGUCACAGAAGUGCAGAAGCGGGAUCUGGUCAACACCAAGCUCUAUCUGGAGGACACGCAGAUAUCUGGCUUGGUGGUGACACAGCGAGUAGCGAUGCUAGCUGCUCGGCUCCGUGAAACAUCUGGGUUGAUAUGCAAGUACGACACACCUGUCUCCCAGGGCUUUGACAUCGACGGUUGGGCCAAGAAAUCCGUGGAUUUGAAGCAGAAGUUGAUGUUCAGUCCCAUGGCCUACCGAAUCCGCUCAUGUCUGCCAGGGGACAGAUACGACCCGCAGUGGAUGCAAGCCGAGAACAAAGAUGGCUCCAUCGUGCCGGAAAAAGACUUGAGUGACCGGGAGUACACAGUGGCCAUCUGCUUGUUUCCAGCGUUGAUGCAGCACGACAUCGACACGCUUCCAGAAGAUGUGGACUUCACCGCGGCGCUGGCGGGUCACAAGCGAUUCUUUUCCAAGCCAGGCGAAUCGUCGUCUUUCGAGACCACAGAGGUCAUAUCCAAGGCUGUCGUGGUGUUGAGCACGAAGGUUCAAAAGCUAAACCUCCGAGUCUGA